UGUCAACAAAGAGCCGCUCACUGACGGCGUGUGUUUUAUAUCGUGAUUUCGGCGAAAACUUUCAGUUUAUUCAGCAGUUUUGAAGUUAGAUCUCUUUUUGCCUAUCCGCGUGGGUGUAAUAAACCGUGUUUCUUUUUGUUUUGAUAUUUUGAUCUUGAAUCUGUUCCUGCUUAAGGAAAAAGGUGAAUGCUUAAGUUUUAUUUCUGCUCCUUCACCCAAUCAAACCUUUCAUGCUGAUAACAUAGACAACAGUCUAGCCAACCGUGUCACGGAGUCAUCGUAGGUGGUAUCUGGUGUCAUACAUCGUUAGCCUGCCGGGACAACGUGGGACAAAUCAAAAACACACACAGUUUAUUCAGUAGUUGACCCACACACUUGAACUGCCUUCAAAUGAACGCAGUGAUUGCUUUGUGCCACUUUUGUGAAGCUCACGGCCCUUGUGCAAUUUUCUGUACGCAAACACUUCGUGAUACGAAAGUUGAGGAACUUAGUCCCGAUGCCCAGGCACUCAACAAAAACUGCGCCGCAUGCAAUUCCAUUGGGACGACCAGUGGAUACAGUAGCAAAGAUGCGGAGAGUAAUGCAACCUUCCUGAGCACACAGAUUCCCGUGUUCCAGGAGGUGGUUACGCUUGUUAAACAUGCUUCGGUGAGAAGCCUGAGCUGCGAGGUGAACAGCAAUAAGGACGGAGGCUUCGUAUUCUUCGGCGAUACUAACCGUGGACAUGUAUUGAGUCACACAUUUAAUAUCAGCGAUCGAACGGCCCGCGGCUUCAACAGACUCUUUUCUAUUAUAAUUCUGAUGAAAGACAAAUUCUUUCUGCUCAACAUUCAACCGUUUCUGGCUGAGAAUCUACGUAGAAUUUCCCAAGAGCUUCAAUCAUACGCCCGCAAAGUCUACACCACCGAAGAAUCCAUCAACGGCUCAGAACGAGAUCAUCGCCUGAGUGGUGGUCAACCUGUUUCGCAGGUCCCGCGAUCGCUUCAGGAUCUGACAGGCGAAAAACAUAUCUUUGGCAUUCUGCAUUCACACUUCUCAUGGGUUCUCCUGGCCGGAUCACGGUUCUUAACUGAGCACGUAACCUUCGGUAAUCUUCCGUGGCUGGUACCAAACAUAGACAUCGAGCGAAGUUACGUUAGUUUAAACCGUGAGGAGCUGCUAUUGCAAAAGAGCAUUAUGAAUGAUGAUGACGACGACGACAUGCUAAGCUACCAUUCGUUGAGGAAUUUGAAGGAAAUUCUCAAAUCUGAUUUCAUUUCGGCCUGCUAUUGUGCGAUAUGUGGAGUGCAGAUAGUUCUACGCGGACCGACUGCAAAAACUUAUCAUUUGAUGAUGUGUCUUCGCCUACUCCUACCCGAACAAAUGCACAAAGUAACUAAAAUGAAUUGCUCCCAGUACUUGUCGCCAUCCGAAUUUCGGAUCAUCACUGUGCCACCGGAAGUAGCAGUCCCUCAACCUAACAACUCAAUAUUCCGAAUAGACUUUGUUGGGAACAACAAUUCGGUGUCUGUUAAAUGGUUAGGAGAAUUGCCGUGCAAAUGGCCAGAUUUAAUGACAAAAGUCAUCCGAGCUGUGGAUGAACCGCUGUUCAAUGAUACCGUCCUCGAGAAACAGCUCAAGGUUCUCGUUCAAGAAUGGAAGAAUAAAAUUACUUGCAUCAAUCAAGUCCAGUCGUCAAGUGAUCAGGCCAAAUUGAAAAGAAUUUUAGGCAUACAACCACAUGACACCAAAGUUGUUGAAUAUUGGUCGAAAUAUUUAUGAUUUAUUGUUAUUUUUUUGCUUAUUUAUUGUACAGUCAUUUCUUCUGCGAAUAUAUGCUAUUUAAAACAUCGGU